AUGGUCGGCAUCUCCUUCGGAGCCGUCGGCUCCAAGAAAGCCGACAUCGAAGUCGCGCAAGCCGAAGCACCCGAGUUUGAAAAAGUCCACUGGUGGAAGGACAAGAACAUGCGCAAGCUGUACUUCUACUGCUCCGUCUUGCUCGUCGCCUCUGCCACCACGGGCUACGACGGCCAAAUGCUCAAUACCUCGCAGCUGAUGUCUCCGUGGCAAGACUACUUCGACACUCCCACUGGGUCUCGGUUGGGACUGAUGAAUAAUGCCAUGAAUAUCGGCAGCAUUAUCAGCUUGUUCAUCGUUCCGACCUUCACGGACAGGCUUGGACGCAAGUGGCCCAUCUUCGUCGGCUGCGUUAUCAUGAUCGCCGGAGGCUUCGUCGGUACUUUCGCCCAGAGCUGGAAGACUUACUUCGCUGGUCGUUUGAUUCUGGGCUUCGGCAACUCUUUCGCCCAGAUGUGCUCGCCGAUCCUGCUUACGGAGAUCUGUCACCCGCAGCAUCGGGCUAAGCUUACUGCUGUGUACAACUGUCUUUGGAAUUUGGGGUCGUUGUUCGCCGCCUGGAUCGCCUGGGCUACGAUGCAAGUAGACAGCGACUGGUCAUGGCGCACGGUUACGCUGCUGCAGAUUGUCCCGUCCACUAUCCAGCUUGCUUUCAUCUACUGGGUUCCGGAAUCUCCAAGAUGGCUGGUCGACAAGGGCCGCAACGAAGAAGCCCUCAACAUGCUUGCCUACUACCACGCCGGUGGCGAUGUCUCCAACCCGACCGUUCAAUUCGAGUACCGCGAGAUCCGCGACACCAUCACGAUCGAGAAGGAGGUUACAAAGGAGAGCUCGUACUUGGACUUCUUCCGAACGAAGGGCAACCGCUGGAGGCUGGCGAUUAUUCUCAGCUUGGGCAUCAUCAGCCAGUACUCUGGCAACGCACUCUUCUCCAACUACAUCAACUUGAUCUACGAGGGCGCAGGUAUCUCGGACGACAACCAGAAGAUCCCGUUGAACGGCGGCAACACCAUCCUCUCUCUCAUCGUCAGCGUCACGGCAGCCCAAUUCAUCGACCGCUUCGGACGCCGCCCGCUCUUCCUCACUGCUACUACGGGCAUGGCGUUGAUGUUUGUCGCCUGGACCAUCUCGUCCGCCGUCUACGAGAACAGCGGCGGCGGCGUGACUGACGCCGACGGCAACAUCGUCAUCACGCCCGGCAUCAACAAGGCCGCUGGCUACGUUCAGAUCCCGUUCGUCUGGCUUUUCGGCGUGUUCUAUUCUUUCGCCUGGUCUGGUCUGCUGGUUGCUUAUGCGCUUGAGGUCUUGCCGUUCAAGCUGAGGGCUAAGGGCCUCAUGGUCAGUACAUCGAGUCAAACCAACAGCAUCGCCUGGGAGAACCUCCCCAAGCACUGGAACUUUACGCUCUUCUACACGCUCUGGAUUUGCGUCGAACUCGUCUUUGUCUACUUCGUCUAUGUCGAGACCAAGGGCCCAACGCUCGAGGAAAUCGCUCGCAUCUUCGAUGGCGAGAAUGCAGUCGCCCAUAUCGAUCUGCACCAGGUCGAGAAGGACGUUCGCCAGGGCAGCGUCGAAGGGACGGAGUUCCACAACACGAAGGACUGA